ACUAUAAAAUCCUCCACACUUCCUUCUCGCUGGCUGUCUCUCUUGUUUCUAGGGUUUACCCUUUCGCAGCCGUCCUCGAGCCCUAGUAGCUGAAGCCCGGAAGAGACAGCUAAAACCUCCGGAAAAUGGCCCCAAAGAAAGGUGUCAAACCAGUCGUAGCAGCUAAGAAGAAGCCGGAGAAGGUCGUGAACCCGCUGUAUGAGAAGCGUCCGAAGCAGUUUGGGAUAGGAGGGGCAUUGCCUCCAAAGAAGGAUCUGCAUCGGUUUGUGAGGUGGCCGAAGGGUGUUCAGAUUCAGAGGAAGAAAAGGAUCCUCAAUCAGCGAUUGAAGGUCCCACCACCAUUGAACCAAUUCACCAAGACACUUGACAAGAACUUGGCAACGAGUUUGUGUAAGAUGCUUCUCAAGUAUAGGCCCGAGGAUAAAGCAGCAAAAAAGGAGAGACUUUUGAAAAGAGCUCAGGCUGAGACUGAAGGAAAACCUAUUGAAGCUAAGAAGCCUAUUGUUGUGAAAUAUGGUCUCAACCAUGUCACCUACCUUAUUGAGCAAAACAAAGCACAAUUGGUGGUUAUUGCUCAUGAUGUGGACCCAAUAGAGCUGGUUGUCUGGCUCCCCGCAUUGUGCAGGAAGAUGGAGAUCCCAUACUGCAUUGUGAAAGGAAAAGCUCGUUUGGGCACUAUUGUCCAUCAGAAAACUGCGGCAGUUCUGUGCUUGACCACUGUCAAGAAUGAAGACAAGUUGGAAUUCAGCAAAAUCUUGGAGGCUAUAAAGGCCAACUUCAAUGACAAGUAUGACGAGUACAGGAAGAAGUGGGGUGGUGGUAUAAUGGGUUCAAAAUCCCAAGCCAAGACCAAGGCUAAAGAGAGGGUUCUUGCUAAGGAGGUUGCUCAAAGGAUGGGUUAAGAGAUUGAAUCACAAUUAUGUACUUUGUCACUUGUUAGGACAAGGCAAUUUGAGGGCUUUCUUCAAUCUUGGAAUUUUUUCUAUUUUGUCAGCGUUUUGCGUAAGAAUUGGCAGUUUUCAUUUCCGUUGAGGGCCGGUCGUUUUAAAACUAUAGUAAUGUUUAAUGUAUUAAUUUUGGAGUUUUGCUUCAUUA